AUAUCAUUGCAGGAUAUCAUCAGUUGAAAACUAUGACUUUCGCGAGCAACAAAUUUGAUUUGUAAACUUAUAAGAAACCGAGCCGAUUUACCGAUUUAAAGGAGACAUAUGCGAUAAUUUGUAUUGAAGAAGUCCGCACACAAUUCGUAACAAUGCGAAAGAAUACCAUUUGGAACUACUCUUUAAUAUUCUUCUGCUGUGUGCUGAAGAGCAUAAGUACGCUAGAUCAUGGCCCGCACACAGUAUCAGUCGAUUCGAAUCGACACAACACACAGCAUCAGUAUAAGCAAAAUCCCAAUGUUGCCUCACAACGUCACUCAUCCCACGAAUCUGGUCAGAGUUUACACAAUUCGCAAUCGGAACAUGUCACCCAUAUUGCCGCAUCGCACGCCGGAAGCGGCGGAGAGCACUCCACUCAUUUGGCGCAAAAUCUGCACAGGAGCUCAUAUAAUCUUCUGAGCGAGGCCAUGUCCCAGGCUGUCAGCAAUGAAUUUAGUAGUAUAUAGGUCGAAACAGCCGAGAUCAGACGACUAUUUCAUAUAUGUAGCUGCCAUGUGAACGAUCGGACUAUUUACAUAUAGGACAAUCUGGCCAAAUUGGUUCCAUGGGAAGUGGUUCAGCGGAUGGAGCGUGUGCUGCUGAUGAUUUUGAUUGCUACAGUGGAAGUGUUCAGGAUCGCUUUGGCAUGGAGGCUAUUGCCAGCUUGCAUCGUCAGCUAGAUGAUGACGAUAAUGGAAACAUCGAUCUGAGCGAGUCCGAUGACUUUUUGCGGGAGGAAUUGAAGUACGACUCGGGCUACGAAAAGCGGCAGAAAGCGUUUCACUUCAAUGACGAUAUGCAUAUAUCGGUCAAAGAACUUUGGGAGGCCUGGCUCAGAUCGGAGGUGCAUAAUUGGACCAUCGAGCAGACCACCGAUUGGCUGGCUCAGUCCGUUCAGCUGCCGCAAUACGUUGAUCUGUUCAAAUUACACAAGGUUACUGGCGCUGCCUUGCCAAGAUUGGCUGUGAAUAAUCUUCAGUAUGUUGGCAAUGUACUUGGCAUCAAAGACCCUAUACACAAACAAAAAAUCUCAUUGAAGGCAAUGGAUGUGGUUCUGUUUGGGCCACCGCGAGAAACUGGUACCCGCUGGAAAGACUACAUAUUGGUAACACUGUUGCUUAGUGCUAUUAUUGGUUGUUGGUACGCCUAUCAGCAAAAUAAGAAUGCCAAACGGCAUCUGCGUCGAAUGGCCCAGGAUAUGGAGGGAUUGCAGAGGGCUGAGCAAAGUCUACAGGAGAUGCAGAAGGAACUAGAACGGGCCAGAAUGGAGCAGGAAAAUGUGGCAACAGAAAAACUAGAUUUGGAGCGUCGUCUAAAAGAAGCGCCCACUCUCAGUUCAUCGAACUCGGAUUUGGAAGUUCAGCAGCUGAAAAAGGAAAUCGAGAUGUUGCGCAACGAAUUGUCCCGCGCCGAAUUCGAGCUAGUAGACAACUGCUGGUCACCGCCGCCACAACUGCAAUCAUGGCUUCAAUACACAUAUGAACUAGAAAGUAAGAAUCAUCAGAAGAAGCGCACGUCGGCUGAGAAGCAGCUACAGUCGGCCAGAGAGGCUUGUGAGAAAUUGCGUAAGAAACGGUCAAGUUUGGUGGGUGCGUUCGUUUCCACGCACGGAAAGAGUAUUGAUGAUGUGGAUCGGUCGAUUGUUGAGGCACGGAAUGCCCUCGGAGAUGUAACAAACGAGCUGCAAGAACGACUGCAUCGCUGGAAGCAAAUCGAGACGUGCCUUGGCUUAAACAUUGUGAACAACAAUGGUCUGCCCUACUUGGAGAAUGUUCUGUACGGUCGAAAUGGGGGCUUACAAAGUUCCAUGGGCAUGAGUUCAACCAAGGGUUCUAGAGCACGUAUUACCAACAGCACCGAAGACCUGGACGAUGAGUCCAUACAAGGUAAGCUGAAUUUUGAGAACUUUUCGCUGCUUGCCACGGAAUAAGGCUUGUGCGCUCGGUCUGUGAGGACAAUAAAACCCAGCUCUUCAGAAAAGCAUACUACUUGACGAACUAAAUAAAAUUAUAAAACCGCUUAUUGAACCCUGAAUGAAAUCUGUUUUACAUUAAGCUACUGUAUUAAUGAAGGUCAUAUAACAUUAUGUGUGUGUAUGAUAUUUUAAUCUUUAUAUUUGUAAUAUAUCCAUUUUAUUUUUGAUGUAUACAAAAUGUCAUCUACUUAAUUUUUUGUCAAAAACAACGAAUACUAUAAAACCAUACUGAGUUUUGUACGUAACAAUGAACUUAUGAAUGGUGAUCCACUUAGUGGAUUAUUUAAAUAAAGAAAUAAAGUAUU